AUGUUGAGUUCAAAUCUUUCAAACUACAAUCUCCAAAUUUGCGCGUCUGGUUUGGAAGCUGCUUUCAGUCCUUCCAUUGGGUGUCAAGGCCAGAAGGGGCUUGGGACCUCAGGCAUACAGCUAGUGCUAGGCCUGAGUACUCAGGAAAGAUAUAAUUCUAGGAUCUCAAUGGAUGGGAAAUCAGAGAUUGAAAUGUUGUCAUUCGAAGCUACUAAAGUUAGGCUUCUACGUAGCCUUUGCAUUGAGAGUCAAACAAUGCAGGUUUUGGAUUUUGCUGUCUUCCCACAACCAGAAUUUGAUAUGCCCAUAUUUUGUGCCAACUUCUUCAGCAGUGCAAAUACGAACAUAGUUGUUCUGGACCUCAAUCCCUUGCAUGAUGUCAUCAGUCAAAGAGAUUACAAAGAAAAAUACUAUAAAGGCCUAAUACCUCUUGGCCUUAAAUAUGCUGAGCUUUUACCCUGGGGAGGAAAGCUUACUAGUGAGUCUUUAAAAUUUUUUUCACCAAUUGUGAUAUGGACAAGAUUUACGUCAAGCUCCUACAAAUAUGAUGUUUUAUAUUCUGCAUUCAUGGAUUAUUACAAGGCAUGGCUUGAGCUGAUGGACCAAGCAGUAGUGGAGACAAAUGCCUCUAAAAUUAUGUGUAACCGUGAAGCACAACAUAGAUAUCUAACAUGGAGAGCAGAGAAGGAUCCUGGGCAUGGACUACUAAAAAAGUUGAUUGGGGAGACACAAGCAAAGGACUUGCUGGUGAACUUCCUCUUUAAUGGAAUUGAUGAACUAGGAAGCAAAAGCUUCCUGGAUUACUUUCCUGAGUACUGCUGCGAGGACGGGACUAUAAAUCAGAGUCGCAGUAUAAUUGGAAAGUCUUUUGAAAGUCGUCCUUGGGAUAGGAAAGGAGAAUUUAUUAGUAACAGUUUUGAAAAUUAG